CCGCGCAGGUAGAAACAGGAAGUAGGACCAAAACAAAGGAGCGGCGGCCGGGAGCGGACCUCUCUCUUCCUCUUUCCCUUCUGCGCGCCUCUCGGCCCGGGCCGCCGACCCCCAAAGAGCCGUCCGACUAUGUCCAACAUGGAGAAACACCUGUUCAACCUGAAGUUCGCGGCCAAAGAACUGAGCAGGAGUGCCAAAAAAUGCGACAAGGAGGAAAAGGCCGAAAAGGCCAAAAUUAAAAAGGCCAUUCAGAAGGGCAACAUGGAAGUUGCGAGGAUUCACGCCGAAAAUGCCAUUCGCCAGAAGAACCAGGCGGUGAAUUUCUUGAGAAUGAGUGCGCGGGUUGAUGCUGUGGCUGCCAGAGUCCAGACGGCGGUGACGAUGGGCAAGGUGACCAAGUCGAUGGCCGGUGUGGUUAAGUCGAUGGAUGCGACGCUGAAGACCAUGAAUCUGGAGAAGAUCUCUGCCUUAAUGGACAAAUUCGAGCACCAGUUUGAGACGCUGGAUGUCCAGACGCAGCAAAUGGAAGACACGAUGAGCAGCACGACGACGCUGACCACUCCCCAGAACCAAGUGGAUAUGCUGCUCCAGGAAAUGGCAGACGAGGCCGGCCUAGACCUCAACAUGGAGCUGCCGCAGGGGCAGACCGGCUCCGUGGCUACGAGCGUGGCUUCGGCCGAGCAGGAUGAACUAUCCCAGAGACUGGCCCGCCUGCGGGAUCAAGUGUGACACAGAACCCACUCUGAGGUUUCCUGGCCGUAGCCACCUUUUGAAAUGCUCUCUGUAUAUUAGAAAGAUACUAUACACUAGAAACUCUGAACGUGCCAGAAUGCUGAAAUGCUCUUUACUUAAAAUGCUUUUACCCAUGGGUUUUCAGUGCUCUCCGGAUACAUUAAGAAAUUCCAGGCUUUCUCCACUCUUAACUGCAUUUUAAAGUUUUCUAUAGCUUGUAAUGAUGUGUGUUAUUAUAGCGGCCUUUUAACAGUAGUAGUUAAUUUGGUGUAUGUAAAUCUUUCUCCAAAAUUUCGUCAAAACUCUCGUUCCUGUGUAUUCAGUUUUCUGCCCGAAUUAUCAAAAUUGGUUAUUUUUUAAAAUUUAGUGUAAUUGAUACUAUCUAGAAUUGACAGGUGGCACGUAAAAAUUAAAGAGAGAAUGAUUGGGUUGAUUACAGAGCUGUCAGUACCUCAAUUCAACUUAUUUAAUGGACUGUGCUGUUUCUGUAUCCUUUGUUUUUUGCCGUCAAAUCAAGACUACAGUUGACUAUUAACCUGUUUUCCUAACUUAACACUAAAAUUACCUUAGGACAGUCUUGCAUAAUACUCUUUUACUAUUUAUGUUCUAUAAAUUUUUCCCAUUGUAGUUGUCUUAUAACUGGAAAAAAUGCCACGUAACUUCCAUUUAUUAUAAGAAAAAAUUGUUCAUUUAUCUUUUUACUUACUAAAGAGUUUUUAAAAACACUUAAAAGAUUUAACACGACAGUUUCUUCAAAUGAACUUCUCUAACACGUUUCUAGUCAUUUUCCUAUUUCAAUACUUUAAUUAGAUUUCUUGUAAAGUAUGUUAAUUAGCACAGCAGUCAUAUCACUCACUCUUAACAUUGCCAAAGAACUGUUGAUUGAUUUGAGAAAAUCCAGGACUGUGUGUUGUAGGUUUUGUUUUUAUUUUAACAAAAAUAGAAAUGAAAUUAGAACCACAUUUUAAGUUCUGAUUAUUUGCAUUUAUUAUUUUGUCUUAAAGCAACAACUCUUUAAAAGCCUUGGAGAUAUAUGGUGGAAUGUUUUACCUAGCCAUGCAAAUGACUUAAACAUACACGCAGCCAGCUGGAAGUCUGGGAAAACGGAAAAGAUGCAGGAUUGGACAGCAGGCUUGGCCCUCUAAAGCUAGAGCCCAGCUGUGCUGCCUUCCAUCUUUCUGGAGUGGCAGUGUAUAUUCUCUGGCUGAAAAGUAAAGCCUGUAGCCAUCACUUUCUCAUAGCCUGAAAACAUGGAGAACAGGGACUUGCUUUUGUCUUGGCAGUUAUAUUAGUAUAAGUUAAAUAUUUAAGGAUAUUUUAAAUUCCCCCUUUCCUUCACUGGAAGAUUUCUCCAUAAGAGAAUUCCAGUGUUUCAGAAAAUAAUUAUAGGGACUCUUCUAAGCCCUUUGAAAGAUUGAUAACCAAGUCUUCACUAUUAUGUUUUCCAGUGUGAAUGAGUGUGUUUAAAAUAAAUAAAAGUGAACAAGUGUAUGCAGAUGAGGACUGAUCCUCAUAUUUAAGUGUCUUUACAUCUGACUGGAUGUUGUUCUGAAGUCUUCUCUAAGGGACACUGUCAGUUCUCUGCCCUGCAUCUUUGUAGAACUCGCCCCUCUCAUCUGCAUGGCUGUACAGAGGCAGCUGUGUGUGAGUGCAGCAUGAUUUGUAACCCCUCUUUAGACUGGAAAAAAUAAUUGCAACUUAAAAAAUAGCUUAGUGUUGAAUCCUUUGGUAAAUUGAAGAUCCUUUUAUAGUGCAAAUAUUCCCAACAAAAUAAUAUAUUUUGUGAGAUUAAACAAUGCUUGAACUUUCUUAAAAUAUGUUGAUUUCAAACAAUAUGAAUGUACAUUUUUAUGAACCAUAAAAUAUUAUUUUCAAAAGCACACCAGGCCCAUGAAUUAUUUCCUCAUUUUUGCAGUUAAUGAAAUGCUGAAAUGUAAACCACAGAAGUUUGUCAAAUAAAUCAUUUUAAACUGCA